CCAUCUUAGUGCUGCCCCUGACAGGCUCUCCUUUUGGGGUCACAGGGAUACUAAAGACCGCUCUCUGGACCUUCGCUGACCAUGCUGUCCCGAGUGGUACUUUCUGCUGCCGCCACAGCAGCUUCUUCUCUGAAGAGUGCAGCCCUCCUAGGUCCAGGGGUGUUACAGGCAACAAGAGUCUUUCAUACAGGGCAGCCAAGUUUUGCCCCUGUACCACCUCUUCCUGAAUAUGGAGGAAAAGUUCGCCUUGGGCUGAUCCCUGAGGAAUUCUUCCAGUUCCUUUAUCCUAAAACCGGUGUCACAGGGCCCUACAUGCUUGGAACUGGGCUUAUCCUGUAUUUUCUAUCCAAAGAAAUAUAUGUGAUUACUGCAGAGACCUUCACUGCCUUAUCAACAGUAGGGUUGCUCAUCUAUGUAAUUAAAAAAUAUGGUGCAUCUAUUGGACAAUUUGCUGAUAAACUGAAUGAGCAAAAAAUUGCCCAACUAGAAGAGGUGAAGCAGGCUUCCAUCAAAAACAUUCAAGAUGCGAUUGACUUUGAGAAAUCACAGCAGGCACUGGUGCAGAAGCGCCAUUACCUUUUUGAUGUCCAGAGGAAUAACAUUGCUAUGGCCUUGGAGGUUUCUUACCGGGAACGGCUGCAUAGAGUAUACAAGGAGGUAAAGAAUCGCCUCGACUACCAGAUCUCUGUGCAGAAUAUGAUGCGUCGAAAGGAGCAAGAACACAUGAUAAACUGGGUGGAGAAGCACGUGGUGCAGAGCAUCUCUACACAGCGGGAAAAGGAGACAAUUGCCAAGUGCAUUGCAGAUCUAAAGCUACUUGCAAAGAAGGCUCAAGCACAACCAGUUCUGUAAAUUCACCUAUCCCAGUUGAGACAGCUAGAAACAGUUGACUGCCUAAAUGGAAAAUAGUUUAUGUGACAAAAUCUUUGUGUAUUGCUGUCUACUGAAGUUACAGUGUACCUUAACUAAAAAUGAAAAGUUUGAAUUUGACAUACUAAGAGAAUAAAACAAUCUGUUGAGCAAGUAA